UCCUCAUGAAUGUGUACCUGCGCUUCAAUCAACCUUUGAAAUUCGUUGUGCUGUGACUCAAGUGAGCGGAUCGAAACAUUUCCUCCAUCGUUCUGCUUUGGCGGAGCUAUCAAGCAGGCGUGUGGACGUCCAAUAUACGCUCGUUUUGUUACAGGAACAAGCUUGGUGCGUGGAAGUUACGGAAGAGAAGGUAGGGCGCGCAAAAGUGGACUAAUGGUGGGAGACGCCACGGGAACCUGUAGCCUAUAGGUACAAAAGUUUGUAGAGACAGGGAGGAGGGAGGAGAAGGAAACCAAAUGGUCUGAGUCUCCGUUAAAAUCGGCUACACAACGAACACAUUCCACGAGCAAAUAUUAGCUGUGUUACCUGUGUGGUUCAAUUUAGUGGUAGUUAAGUAGUAUAGAGACUACAGCGCUGUAGCAACUACAACAGUGUCGUAGACAGAGAUAGCGGAGAGCCACCUGGAGAACUCAGCAUGCCACGAGCAUUCCUGGUGAAAAAGCCCAGUGUUUCACCCGGCAAGAGAAGCUGGAGUGAUCUACCUGACCACGAGCGAGGAGACAUUUACAUACCAGUCUCUGUGUCCCCUCAAGCUCUAUGGGAGGAGUCGGAGGCAAGUACAGCUGAAGUGGCCUUGUGCCUGUCCACUCAUAAAGAACACAACAGAUGUACACAGAAAUACAUGCAAGAGCCCUAUACAGUGGUUUCUACAGCUGAACUGCCCUCCUCUACCACUCUGGGACAGCAGCCCAGUCCUGAAACAGAGCGCAUCCGAAGUACACAAAGCAACACAUAUGUCCGCUCCAAGAUCAAGGUGACUACAGGUGAACUCCCCAUCGACUCUCCACUUAAUAUUCUGAGCACAAAUGCUGAUACUCCUGCCACUGUAGCAAACCCAUGUCCCACAAAAAGUAGUGGGACGGCAUCUGCACCUACAGUAGGGGGAACCUAUAUAUGUCAAGUGUGCCAGAAAGUGUUUCAGUAUCAACGCAUGCUCAACAGACACCUAAAGUGUCACAGUGAACAGAAACGGCAUCUGUGCAGCUUCUGCGGCAAGGGUUUUAAUGACACCUUCGAUCUCAAGAGGCAUGUGCGCACACAUACUGGUGUUCGUCCAUAUAAAUGUAAUUUGUGUGAGAAGGCCUUUACCCAGCGUUGCUCUUUGGAAUCACACAUGAAGAAAAUCCAUGGUGUGACACAGCAGUAUGCCUACAAGGAACGGCGCACUAAGCUAUAUGUCUGCGAGGAAUGUGGCCACACUGCUUCUACCCAGGACACAUUGUUACGCCAUAUUCAUAAUCAACAUCCGAACAGUGCCUUCUUGCGGGCCAAGGGGGCACGUAGACCUUCGGGGGCAGCAGGUUUGGUUGCACGGGAGGAAAACUCCCUGCCUGGUUCUCCUUUAUCUCUGAACAGUGAUGAUACAACAGGAUCAGGAGGACGAUAGAAAGAGUUGAGGUUAAUUGAGACAAAAAUAACAUUGUUUAAAAAAAUUGUCACAUCUGAUCAUAUGCAAUGUUAUUUAAAAUAAGAACACUGAAAAAAUUACACAGGAAACUUAAUGACACAGUGAAUAAGUAAAAAAUAGUGAAAAACAUUGACAGACUAGAUGAAAUGAUGAAUGAGAUUUAAGCAGCAAUCAUAGAGUGAGAUUGAGUUUACACAUCCACUAGAGAAGAGGGCUGGUUCUUCGCUUUGAAAUCAAUAAACAGCUAAAUAUGGACUAUGCACUAGUUUAGUUUACAUCAAAGCUUAUUUUGAAAAACUUUAAAAAGUACACACUGUUUGAUGUAAAUAAUACUUCAUUUUGCUCAGGGGAGAAAAAAUAAACAAAGAAUUCUAAAUAUUGUUAUAUUAAAAAUGUUAUAUAUUAUGUUCUUUUUUUGUUGCAAGAUUUAUUGAAGACGGGAUGGUGUUCGGUCAGUAAUUAUUGAUGUUUGUAAUAUAUACUGUCAAAUGUGUGAUGAAAUGUGUAUUUAUCAAGGUGGUGUGUAAUGUUCUCUUGGCAGAGUUAAGAUCACUUAUUCCAGAUUUUACAGUAAUAAUCUCAUAAAUCUUUGUACAUAAUAUAAAAAUAGAUUCACAUUUUCAUAUUCUUUAAUAUCCUCAAGAGUAAGAUAUAACAUCACUACAAUUACUGUCUGACAUUCUAACAGUACUAAUUCUGAUUUAUCUUCAGGCCUAAUAGUUUAACUGAUGAUACUGAUGUACUGUAUGGAAUUUUACUUCAUAACCUUUUUACAUUGAAUGUGCUUUCUAUAUCAAAUGCAAUAAACUUUUAUUUUAUGUUACAAA